AUGCAAUCCAACACCUCCGGAGCAGGCCUUUCCAACGUCGGCCACGGCGCCAUCUACGAAGCCGGUGACCAGCGCAACGUCCCCCAGUCCGAGAUCAACGAGCGCGAGAGGUACGAGGAGGGUCAGCACCGGAGUCACAAGAACAUUGAUUCGAAGGACGACCGCUCCAUCGCCAACAAGCUCGCCGCUCAGUCGCAGAAGACUGAUUCAUCCAAGGCAUCGGGUUCGGGCUAUGACCCUGAAGCUGAAUUGAGCAAGAAGAACCCCGAGGCGCCGGCCGUGCUACACGGACACGAACCCUCUCGGGGUGCCCAGGUCGACCACGACCUCCAGAAGGAUGAUGAGUUGAGACUGCGCGAGAAGGGUAUCAAAUAA